AUGCCCUACAGAUCACGAUGGCAAUUGACGCCGCCGACUUUGUCAGUUCCGACGUUUAUGUUUGGUUCUUCGUCUUCCAACGUCAACUCAGCUGACAAAAUCAUCAUUGAUGCAAAACGCCCCGAUACCCACUUCCUCACCCUUCAUACGUAUCGCGAAUGGUCAAAGAGAUUUGCUGCUGGCGUCCAAUCCGCAGGACUUGAAAGUGGAGAUCGCGUGCUCCUAUUUUCCCCUAACAGCAUCUUCUAUCCGGUUGUUGUCAUGGGUGCUUUGAUGGCCGGCGCCAUCUACAACAGCGCCAAUCCUGCCUAUACCGCGCGUGAACUUGCCCACCAGCUCAAAGACUCCAAUCCCCGAAUCGUCCUCGCAGCGGAAAGCUGCGUAGACAGAGCGCUGGAAGCUGCCGAUCUCGUCGGCUUUGACAAGGGAUGCAUCUUUCUGUUUUCCGAGAUGCCUAUAGACCACACCAAAGAAGGGCCACAAGCAACCACUGCCAAAGUCCAACAUUGGAGUAAAUUGCUUGCAAAGCCUGAAAUUGGUCGAACAUUCGUCUGGGAAGAGCGUUACACUGAGGCAUUUUCCGAGCGCACUGCGAUCCUGAUUUAUUCCUCAGGCACCACUGGCCUUCCGAAGGGCGUGGAGUUAUCUCAUCGGAGUCUGAUCGCGAAUAUGCUUCAACUCAAAACAAUCCAGAUGAGUGAUCCCGCUGUUGCUGCUCGAAGGGCUCUGUGUGCGGUUCCAAUGUACCAUGCACUCGGGUUAUGCUACUAUACCUUCACAGCGCCAAAGUGGGGCCUCGAAACGUACCUGAUGGAGCGUUUCAAUUUGGCAGAUUUUCUGAGUCACGUUCAAAGGUACAGAAUCACGGAAUUGGUGCUCGUCCCCCCGAUGUUGGUUGCCAUGGCCAAACACCCUUCGGUUCGCGAUGGCACCUGCGACAUCAGCAGCAUCAGAAAGGUGGUCGCAGGUGCGGCGCCAAUCGGUAUGGAAGUAACGCAACAGUUCGAAGAGCUCUGGAAUGGUAAAGUAAGAGUGCGCCAAGCUUGGGGAAUGUCAGAGACACCAGCAAUCACUCUAUGCUGGGACGAACUUGAGAGCUCGGGCCCGUCUUCAAUAUCAAUCGGCGAAUUAGUCCCUGGGGCAGAAGCAAUGGUGGUCAAGGAGAACGGCGAAGAAGUAACGCAGCCGGGGAGUACGGGAGAGUUCUGGGUUCGCUCCCCGAACGCAAUGAAGGGAUAUUGGCGCAAUCCCAAAGCAACUGCCGAAACUAUCAGCGAUGGCUGGCUAAAGACCGGCGACAUAGCAUACCGAGACGAAGCUGGAAAGUGGUACAUGGUUGAUCGGAAGAAGGAAUUGAUCAAAGUCAAGGGUGUUGCAGUAGCCCCGGCAGAGAUCGAAGCCCUUCUUCUCGAACAUAACGAUAUUGUGGACUCUGCAGUGAUUGGCAUCAAGACGGCGACUGAUGAUGAACAACCACGCGCGUACGUUGUGAGGGCACCAGGAUCCCGACUUACCGAGAAGGAUGUCGUGGACUUCGUCAAGGACCGUGUGUCAACAAUCAAGCACCUCACAGGAGGUGCGGCGUUUGUUGAUGCUAUUCCCAAAAACCCGUCGGGAAAGAUACUGAGGCGGCAACUGAGGGAAAUUGCUGCAAAGGAGACGGGCUCGAAAUUGUAG